GAAGAAGACAGCGGGCCGCUGCUGAAACAAAAUGGCGGACAUGGAAGUGGAUUUACGGAGCGAGAGGCUGGAUAACGGGCCUGAGGAUUUAGAAAGUCCUGAGAAGAGUGGGAAUGAGGAUGAGAACGGUGAAAUAUCUGGGGAGGAUGAAGAUGAGGAAGGUGAGGAGGAAGCAGAGGUGAACGGUGAAAAGCAAGACAGCGGCUCCAAGCAUCACAGCAGCGGAGGCAAACACAAGAAAAAGAAACACAAGCACCGCAGCAAGCACAAAAAACACAAACAUGCGUCUGAGGAAAAUAAGGAACGUAAACGCAAACACAGACACAAACAUAAGAAGCACAGACGCAAAGAGGAGACCACCUCCUCGCCCACCGGGGCCAUCAACAGGAGAGCCGGGGACGACUCUCUUACUCUUGGCAAUGCCACCGUUGAUGACCGGGCUCUUCUGGAAGACCUGGAGAAACAGAGAGCGCUGAUCAAAGCCGAGCUGGACAGCCAGCUGAUGGAGGGUAAGGUUCAGUCAGGCAUGGGUUUGAUUUUACAGGGUUACAAUACCGGCUCCGAGGAGGACGGAGAGGGGUCAAGGGCACGAAACGGGCAAAGAGGAAGCGGGCCUCGAACCCGCUCGCCGAGGGACCAGAGUAGCAAGAGGGGUAAAUCCAGGCGGGACUCGACGGAUGCCAGCAGCCGCUCUCGGGACAAAGCAGGGAGGGACGGUAAGCUUGACCGAAUGACCAAAAGUGCUAAAGAGGCAGUAAAGGAGCGUAGCAAGUCCAAAGAGAGAAAACGCUCCCAGAGCAGGGACAAAUCCAAGGAACGUGGGAGGAAAUCCCACUCCCCGUCCAGCAGGCGGCGCUCUUCUGCAGAGAGAAAACCUGAUCAGAAGGGGCGAUCAGACCGCCGUUCCCCUGAGAAGAGGGAGCAAGCUGGGAGGAGAUCGGGCUCGCGAGGGCGCAAGAGCCGGUCGCGAGAACGACGGUCGCGCUCCAAAGAUGCUCGGCCUGGGCGUUCAGAGAUCGACAAAGAAAAGAGGCCGGGAAAGUCUCCAUCUAAAGACACGUCUUCUGGAAAAGAGAAUCGAUCGCCUCAUCUAAGGCGAGCUGUGAGCCCUCAGCGGCGGCGCAGUUCUUCCCCUCGCCACAGGGAGCGGCAAUCCAACCAACACCCCUCGGGUUCAGCCGAUCGGAACUCUAAACUGAGCCACUCACCAUCUAGGAAUAGAUCACCUGCCAGGAGGGCACGAAGUCGCUCGAUUGAUCGCAGGAGAGAUUCUCCCUUCAGGAAACGUCCUCGAAUGGAUGGAGUCGGGAGGUCACGGGAGACGAGUCCAUCCCGACGCAGAAUGAGCCGCUCACCACUCAGGCGUAGAUCUAUAUCACCACGACGACAGUCUCGCCUCUCCCCCAGAAGGCGAUCACCUUUAAGACGAAGGUCUCUUGAAAGGGAUCGGUUCGGCCGUGCCAGACCGCGACGAUCCACCUCCAGAGAUCGUGAUAGGAGGAGGAGGCGGCGGAGCCGAGAUGAAGAUAAGUUCAAAGGCAGCCUAUCAGAGGGAAUGAAAGCAGACCGUGACGACUCAUCUGAAGAAGUUAUUGAGGAUUUUGAUGCUGAAGAGGAGGAUGAAGAGGCUCUCAUUGAACAGCGACGACAACAACGGCUCGCUAUUGUACAGAAAUACAGAGCGGCAAAUGAGGACAGUAAUAUGGGCUCAAUGGCGUCGGAGCCGAGCAGUCCUCAGAGCAGCACUCGCAGUCGAUCGCCCUCACCCGAUGACAUCCUGGAGCGCGUGGCAGCUGACGUGAAGGAGUACGAGCGGGAGAACUUGAACACCUUUGAGGCCAGCAUCAAGGCCAAGCACAACCUCAUCGCUCAGGAGAAAGAAGGAACCAACACAAAGAAGCCCUCAGCACCUGAUAUGUUCACAGAGUCUGAUGACAUGUUUGCCGCAGACUUCGAUAGUGCUAGGUUAAGGGCUGCGGGCAUCGGUAAAGACUUUAAAGAGAACCCCAACCUCAGGGAUAACUGGACAGAUUCGGAGGGCUACUACCGUGUGAACAUUGGUGAGAUCCUGGACAAGCGUUAUGAAGUGUACGGGUACACCGGUCAGGGUGUGUUCAGUAAUGUGGUCCGAGCGAGAGACACCGCAAGGGCUGGCCAGGAGGUGGCAGUCAAGAUCAUCCGCAACAAUGAGCUCAUGCAGAAAACGGGACUGAAGGAGCUUGAGUUUCUGAAGAAGCUAAACGACGCAGAUCCAGAUGAUAAAUUUCACUGUUUGCGUCUCUUCAGACACUUUUACCACAAACAGCAUCUCUGCCUGGUCUUCGAACCUCUCAGUAUGAAUUUGCGGGAAGUGCUGAAGAAAUACGGUAAAGAUGUUGGGUUGCACAUCAAGGCGGUGCGAUCCUACAGUCAGCAGCUCUUCCUGGCUCUCAAACUACUGAAACGCUGUAACAUCCUUCAUGCCGACAUCAAACCAGACAACAUUCUGGUUAACGAAUCCAAGACUAUUCUUAAACUCUGUGAUUUUGGCUCAGCGUCCCACGUCGCAGACAAUGAAAUUACACCUUACUUAGUCAGCAGAUUCUACAGAGCACCUGAAAUCAUUAUUGGUAAGCCGUAUGAUUAUGCGAUUGAUAUGUGGUCGGUGGGCUGUACCCUGUAUGAGCUGUACACGGGGAAGAUCCUGUUCCCAGGGUCAUCCAAUAACCACAUGGUGAAACUGGCCAUGGAUGUCAAGGGCAAGAUGCCCAACAAGAUGAUCCGAAAAGGCCAGUUUAAAGACCAACAUUUUGACCAGAACUUGAACUUCUUGUUCAUAGAAGUAGACAAAGUGACUGAACGGGAGAAGGUAACUGUGAUGAGCACCAUUAACCCCACUAAAGACUUGCUCGCUGAUAUGGUCGGUGGCCAGAGGCUGCCUGAGGACCAGCGGAAGAAAGUCAUGCAGCUCAAGGAUCUGUUGGAUGGAACUCUGAUGCUGGACCCGGCGAAACGCAUCACCAUCAACCAGGCCCUGCAGCAUCCCUUCAUUCAGGAGAAGAUAUGACCACAUUCACCUCUGAACUUUGACCUUCCAUUAGAGCCAGAGCCAUCCUGCUUUUUCAGGACGGAGCCAUCAGACUUCGGCUCAGAAUGUUUGGAAACAUCACAAGACGAUUUUCUAUUUUGAUUCAUUUUCUAUUUUGAUUCAUUUUCUAGUGGUUUUUGUUUUGCCCGGUCAUUUGCUAUUGAUCUCUCAAAAUGAUCUUGUUUUUAUUGUGUAUAUACACGUCAUCAUUCACUGAGAGAGGCACGGAAAGCAGUUGUCGGACUUUCUCUUAUUUCACUUCAGAAGUUGCCGAUCUGUGCAGAAGUGUUGAAAAGUAUUUGGUACAAAGCGGUUGAGCUGUUCAGUAACAAGUUGUUUUGUUGGCAUUUCAGUUGGGUAAAUUUAAGACCAAUGACAUUCUCGUGUUAUUCCAGAUCUGUCUCUUUUGCCAUCAGACUAAACAGCAGCUCUUGUAGCAUUUGCUGAUAAGCAAUUUUAUAUCACUUCUUAAAAACAUGAUUUAAUUAAAAAACAUGCUAAUUGUCCAUCACACAUAUUGGCUUUGCUGUAUUUCUGUUUUGUGCGUCACACUAGAAAACGUUUUGGUCCCUUUAUCAACAUAAAAUUUCUGCCCCGUUACCUACAACACUCAAAUUUUAUCUGUUUAAAUUAUGUAGGACCCAAUUGUUAAAUAAUCUUAUGUACAAAAAGCACUGAUUUAAGUCCAUGUUUUAAUUUGAAGGAAAAUCUUUCUAAUGUUUUGCUUUGUUAGUUUGUAAUGCUGUCCAUCAGCUGAGGCUACUGAUUCAGUUUAGUGUAUGGAUGGAUGCUGGAUACCCCUCUUGAAUCAGUAGCAAAGCUCUGCAUACCUGGCCUUGUUUAAGUGUGUAGGGAAUAUACAUGUUACGAUUUAAAAACCCCUAAUAUUAAGAUUAAGGUCAUAUAAGGUGUCUCCCUGCAUGACCGAAUUCAAACAUUGCUUGACCUGUCAGUCUUCACAGAUGAGCACCGAUGAUCGCUUUUAUUUUACAAUGUAAAUACACGGUUUUCUUUAUGUAAGACAUCUGUGUUUUUUCUUACUAAAAAAUGAAAGUUUUUUUUUUUUGAAAAUAAACUCAAGAUUGGAUCGUGAAGGAAAAUGAGAACCGCACCUUGAGUGUAAUCAUUUUAGUAAUAAAAUUAUUUGGUAUUUAA